UUAAAAAGAAAUAUGCAUUUUGAGAGUAAUUUAGGGACAAUAUUUGUAAUUUAAUUAGCAUCUUUUACGGUGUUCUGGUGAAGAGUGAAGACCUACUCUACCCGGUGCACACUUUGUUUGUGUAUCCUGGCUAUUAGUAUAAAGAUUCGGGUAUUUUAGCUUCGGGCUUCUUCAUUCCGAUUUCAAUUCCAAUGGCGUCCUUUUUUUGCUCCACCAGGUUUUUGUUGCUUCUUUCUGUCCUAUCGGCGAUCCCUGUAGCCAUCAUCAUAUCCCUGGAAUCAGCUACUCCGAGCAGCCACUACUACCAGUUCCACAGCACCGGUUGGUUCAGAGAAUCCAGCAAAUGGGACGAAGUCAAACGUCGUUUCAUCGUUUCCUUCACGGACGGCGGCGGUCUUGGCGUGGUCAAUGUUCCUGAUGAUCAUAACCCCAACGACAACGUCGUCCUUGAAGAGAUCCCUGUCGUGAAAAAUACCGACGCCGUUGGGAACGGGACCUGUGGCCUUUUCAUUGACCGGCCGAGAAACCGGGUGGUGGUGGCCAUCGCCGAUGUUUUUGGAAACACUUACAGUGCUGUUGCGGCCUAUGAUAUGGAUUCAUGGAAACGCUUGUUUUUCACUCAGCUCAGUUCCUCAGAUGGAAAAAGCUUUGCAGAUGAUGUAGCCGUUGAUGCAGAAGGGAAUGCAUACGUAACAGAUGCAAAAGGUACACAAAUAUGGAAAGUUGGGGUAGACGGGGAAUUACUGUCGGUGAUAAGGAGCCCACUAUUUCAUGCUAAAGAGUGGUACAAAGACAUAGUGACCCUGAACGGGAUCGCAUACCACCCAAAUGGCUACUUACUGGUGUCACACACCAUGACCGGAAAUCUGUUCAAGGUUGAAAUAAAAAACAACAAUAAAGUUACAGUGGUAAAGGUUGAUGGUAGCUUGAGCAUUGCGGAUGGGAUGGAACUUUUAGCCGGGGGAACUAAACUUGUUGUGGCAGGAGCCAACGGUGUGAAGUUGGUGGAGAGCAAGGAUGACUGGGCAACAGCUUCCGUGAUUGGAAGGUCACCUGUGCUUAAGCAUCGGAUUGCAACUGCUGCCCUUGUCAAGGAUGGGAAGGUGUAUAUCAAUCACGCACUUGGCAUGGGUUACCCAAACAAGAAACACGUCCUUCUCCAAGCCACUUUUUCUUCUUCUUAAUCUUAACACCACACCCUCUUUUCCUUUUUUACACUACUCAUUUAUGUUAUGUUGUAUUUGUAUGAUAAACCACGACUCUACUAUAUAUGCAACGGAAAACAAAACACGUCCAUGUUAA